AUAUUCCAAUAAUCUGCCCCUCAAUUUAUAUACUCACUCUUUGAUUCCAUAUUUCUCUCUCAUCUCCCAUUCUCUGUCUUUUUCCCUCUCUCUUAAAAGUGUUUAAAGCUUCAACCUUUUUUCUUCCUCAUUUUUGCUUUGUUCAACUGCUUUACACAUACCCACAAGAGAAGUUACAGUCUUUUUACACAUACUCCAUUUUUUUCUUUUAAAAGAAGAAGGAGAAACACAUUAAUUACCUUGCAUUCUUUUCAAAAUCUGUUUUGUUGUACUUCUGUUGCAAGAUUCUGAUAAAAUAAAGUGUUACUAUAAAUGGGUAUUUCUAGAAUUUCAUUGAUUUGAUUCUAUCAAAAAAAAAAAAUUUCAUCUUUGAGUAGGUUGGCAACCAGUUUUGCUAAAGUGGGUAUUUCAUAAAUCCAUUGAUUUAGCCGAGAAAAUGAGUAUAAGGCCUUUUUGAUUGAUUUUAUUAUGGAUCCAGAAAGUGGGUUUUAUCAAAAUCAAAUAAAGAAGAAAGAAUCAUGGAGGCAAGUUUUGAUCUUGGCUUAUCAAAGCUUAGGGGUUGUUUAUGGAGAUUUGAGUACAUCUCCACUUUAUGUUUACAAGAGUACAUUUGCUGAAGAUAUUCAACAUUCUGAAAGCAAUGAUGAGAUUUUUGGGGUUUUAAGCUUUGUAUUUUGGACUUUAACUAUUGUUCCUUUACUUAAAUAUGUGUUUAUAGUUCUUAAAGCUGAUGAUAAUGGUGAAGGAGGAACAUUUGCUCUGUAUUCUCUACUGUGUAGACACGCCCGAGUCAACUCACUACCCAAUUGCCAAUUAGCAGAUGAAGAAUUAUCUGAAUACAAAAAAGAUGUCGUUGUUGUUCCUACUGAAACAAGUUUUGGGUCAAGAUUAAAAUCUACUUUGGAAAAGUAUAGAGUUUUGCAAAAAUUAUUACUUGUUUUGGCUUUGCUUGGAACUUGUAUGGUGAUUGGAGAUGGUGUAUUAACUCCUGCUAUUUCUGUAUUUUCAGCAGUUUCGGGAUUGGAGCUUUCAAUGUCACAUGAGCAUCACAAAUAUGUGGAAGUCCCCGUAGCAUGCCUCAUACUUGUUGGCUUGUUCGCGCUUCAGCAUUUUGGGACCCAUCGGGUGGGAUUCUUGUUUGCACCUAUAGUUGUGACCUGGCUUUUCUGCAUCAGUGCCAUUGGGUUAUAUAAUAUCAUACACUGGAACCCACAUGUUUAUCAAGCACUCUCCCCGUAUUACAUGUACAAUUUUUUGAAGAAAACACAAGCUGGUGGUUGGAUGUCUUUGGGUGGAAUUCUGCUGUGUAUCACAGGUUCAGAAGCCAUGUUUGCUGAUCUUGGGCACUUUUCUCAAUUAUCAAUUAAGAUUGCCUUUUCAUUUGUUGUGUACCCCUCAUUGAUUCUUGCUUAUAUGGGGCAAGCUGCCUAUCUAUCAAAACAUCAUGUGAUGGCCACUGGCUACCAAAUCGGAUUCUAUGUUUCUGUACCAGAAAAACUGAGAUGGCCGGUGCUUGGAAUAGCAAUUUUAGCAGCAGUAGUCGGCAGCCAAGCAAUAAUUACCGGGACUUUCUCCAUCAUUAAGCAAUGCCAGGCCCUUGGAUGCUUCCCUCGGGUUAAAAUUGUGCAUACUUCGUCCAAGAUUCAUGGACAAAUUUAUAUCCCCGAGGUCAAUUGGACAUUGAUGAUAUUAUGUUUGGCCGUCACUAUUGGAUUCAGAGAUACAAAGCGCAUGGGCAAUGCAUCUGGUUUGGCUGUCAUUACGGUAAUGCUUGUGACGACAUGCCUUAUGUCACUUGUUAUUGUCCUAUGUUGGCGCAAAAGUGUGUUUGUAGCACUUGCUUUUGUAAUAUUCUUUGGCGCCUUUGAAGCACUCUACUUCUCAGCAUCCCUGAUCAAGUUUCUCGAAGGAGCUUGGGUCCCGAUUGCCCUAUCAUUAAUCUUCAUGGUUAUAAUGUACAUUUGGCACUAUGGCACCCUCAAGAAGUACGAGUUUGAUGUCCAAAACAAGGUAUCUAUUAACUGGCUUCUUAGCUUAGGGCCAAGCUUGGGCAUUGUACGAGUCCGUGGCAUGGGCUUGAUCCACACUGAGCUUGUAUCCGGGAUCCCAGCUAUUUUCUCACAUUUUGUCACCAAUCUACCGGCUUUCCACCAAGUACUAGUUUUUCUUUGCGUCAAAUCGGUGCCUGUUCCACAUGUAAAGCCUGAGGAACGCUUUCUUGUGGGUCACAUUGGGCCAAAAGAAUACCGGCUUUAUAGAUGCAUCGUGAGAUAUGGGUAUCGUGACUUUCACAAGGAUGACUUUGAGUUUGAGAAUGAUCUUGUUUGUAGCAUAGCAGAGUAUAUAAGGACCGAGAGUAAUAAGAUAAAUGGAUCAAAGGAUGAGUCGGACAAGGAUCAUGAUGAGAAAAUGACUGUUGUUGGAAGUCCCUCUACCUAUGUUGAUGGGAUAAGGGUACAUGAAGACGUUGAGCACAACGAAGAUUUACCCGGAACUUCCGAACUGAAAGAGAUACGAUCACCAAUCGUAACACCAAAGAAAAAGGUGCGGUUUUUACUGCCGGAGUCACCAAAAAUGGGUGACGGAGCCAAGGAAGAACUUCGAGAUCUAAUGGAAGCCAGAGAAGCAGGAAUAGCAUACAUACUAGGACAUGCUCAUGUACGAGCAAAGCAAGGUUCGAGUUGGGUUAAGAAGAUUGUGAUUAAUAUAGGCUACGAUUUCUUGAGACGAAACUGCAGGGCACCGUCGUACCCGCUUAGUGUUCCUCAUGCAUCGACGUUAGAGGUAGGUAUGAUCUGCCACAUUUAGUCACAAUGUAAUGCAACAUGAUUUUGAGUAUACUUUGUAAAUGAUGUAUUUUUUGUUUUUGUAUAUGGAAUGGCCACCAUGUUUUUGCUUAAUUGAAAGGGUAAUUAUAGAGAAGCAGAUCAACAAAAUUAUCGGAUUCGACGAUAAUAUUUUUUAAUGUAAUAUUAUUGAACUUUUGUUCAAUGUGGAAGAUAAUAAGAGUCAUAGAUAACAUACGUUUAGUUUGAUUAGCAUUAAGAAGGGAAAUGGGACAGACACACAGAAAAUGAAAGGAACACUCAUUUUUUGGCAUUAAAUACUUCUAACUACACCUAUUUUUGUUAUUACUAAAAAUGAUCAAAGGACUCAUGAUAUUUUUAUUUAUACAAGGAAAUAUUAUCCAGGAAACCCAUUAAAAAAUAAUUAAAAAAAUUUAUUUAUACAGUGACACUUGACAGUAAAUAUUCAUAGCUUGUUUGGUUGGGUUGAUAUUAAUUAGUAUAAAAAUUUGAACUCCUUAUAAAUGAUAAUACGAUAAAAUGAAUUAUCUUUGAUUAGCAAUUAACAUAAGAAUUUAAAGUUCAAAUAUAAAACUUAAUUCCUUGCCUAAGAAGGAAUUUAAUC